AUGCCUCAGGUUCAAGACGCGGCUUGUCCCCUUCAAGAAGGUGCCUCUUCUAAGUUUGCAGUGAUUCAAGAUAUGGAGGGUGAACACAACUGGAAUGGUGAGAAUACAGAGGAGUCCCUGAGUCACCAGGAUGGAUCAGAAACAAGGAAGACCCUCAGAAAACAUCUGGGCAAUUGGUUCAGAUCCCGCCGAGGGCUGACUGUGCUCCUGGUGCUGUCUGUGCUCCUGAUCCUGGCUUUGGUGAUGGCCGUGGCUGUGCUGGCAGAAAGACUUAGAGAGAUUCCAGUCACACCCGGGGCUCCAGAGUUUCUGGCUUGUCCCGAGGCCUGGGUCGGGUACAACAGGGUCUGUUACUACCUCUCGAGGGAUGAGGGGAACUGGGAGCAGGCUCGGGAUCGGUGCUCCAAGCUCGGGGCCUCCCUGGCCGUGCUCAGCGACAAGGAGAUGGGCUUCCUCUUCCGCCUCAAUGGCAACCUGGAUUACUGGCUCGGGCUCCAGAGACGGGGCGAGCGGCUGCAGUGGGUGGACGGCAGCAGCUACAACUCCUCGGUCCCCAUCCUCGGUGACUCAGAGUGUGUGUACCUGGGCCACCGGCGCUUCAGGAGCGGGCUCUGCUCGGCUCAGCGGCCUUACCUCUGCAACAGACCCCAGGAUCACCUGGAAUAAACGGUGGGAAGGGGACCUUCUCCAUCCUGAAGACUCAACAGCUUUGCAUCUUCUCUCAGCACACCUCAGCUCUCCACCUGCCUUGCAGUUAUUUAUCAGCAUCACCUCAGAGUUUGGUGCCACGGAUACCUCAGUGCAACCCCUCAGGGUCACCUCAGUGCCUGGGCUGAAGGAGAUGAGCCUGCAGGGAGGGGAGAUGAUGUGGAAGCUGCUGUGUGGCUGCCUGGACUGGGGACUCUGGGUUUCUUUGUCCUUCUAGAACCAUCCCGGAACUCAUCCUGCUUCUCUAACAGUCCACAGUUGUACCCUAACCCUAACAUUUCAGCCUCACCCCCUAAAAACCUCAAUCAGAGGCUUUUUGAGUUAAUUUAAUAAAUUAAUUUGAUUAAUUUAAUAA